AUGCCACGUACCAUCACGUUUGAUAUUCCAGUUCAGUACCAACUUAUUGAUUUAAUCGGUGAAGGCGCCUAUGGUACAGUGUGCAGUGCCAUAUAUAAGCCAUUAAAUGUUAAAGUAGCAAUCAAAAAGAUCCAACCUUUUAGUAAGAAAAUGUUUAUAACCCGUACCUUGCGUGAACUUAAACUACUUAGAUAUUUCCAUGACCAUGAAAAUAUUAUCAGCAUACUAGAUAAAGUGGUUCCCGCCUCCGUGGAGAAGAUGGACGCAGUCUACUUGGUUCAAGAAUUGAUGGAGACAGACUUGCAAAAGAUCAACGAACAAAUGAUGUUGACUGAUGAUCAUAUUCAAUAUUUCACAUAUCAAAUCUUGCGAGCGUUAAAAGCUAUACAUUCUGCAAAUGUCAUCCACAGAGAUAUAAAACCUUCAAAUCUUUUGUUAAAUUCUAAUUGCGAUUUAAAAGUCUGCGAUUUCGGUUUAUCUCGUUGUCUUUCACAAAGUAAUAAUCCACGUGAGACUCUGGUUGGUUUCAUGACGGAAUAUGUGGCUACUCGUUGGUAUCGAGCGCCAGAGAUUAUGUUGACGUUCCAAGAAUAUACAACUGCAAUGGAUAUUUGGUCGGUUGGUUGUAUCUUAGCUGAGAUGAUAUCUGGGAAACCAUUGUUCCCAGGAAAGGAUUAUCACCAUCAAUUAUGGUUAAUAUUAGAAGUAUUGGGGACUCCAAGUUAUGAAGAUUUUCAGCAAAUUAAAUCUCAAAGAGCUAAAGAAUAUAUCGCUAACUUGCCAAUAAGAAACAAAUUGCCUUGGGAAGCUAUGCUUUUAAAUAAUAAAAAUAGAGCAAAUAGAAAAGAACUGAAUCCACAGAUGCUGGAUCUACUUUCAAAAAUGCUGGUAUUUAAUCCCAACAAACGUAUCAGUGCGGCAGAAGCUUUAUCCCAUCCUUAUUUAAGUGUGUAUCAUGAUCCUGAUGAUGAACCUGAGUACCCUCCUUUGAAUCUAGAUGCCGAUGAAUUUUGGAAAAUGGAUAAUGAUAUCAACUAUAAUGUCAACAAUUCAUCCGAGAAUAACAAUAAUUUUGAAGAAGAGGACGAAUCUACUAUAGAUAUGUUGAAACAGAUGCUAUUUGAAGAGUUGAAGAAACCAAUUAAUUGA